AUGGAGAGUGCUACAGGUGCUAACCAGAGCAUGCCUGAGGAGUCCCCACCCACUGAGGGGCGAGCAGAGAGCAUCACUCAGCAGGUGCCUCAGGAAGAACAGGGGCAGCUUCUUUAUCAUGAAGAAACCAUUGAUCUUGGUGGAGACGAGUUUGAGUCUGAAGAGAAUGAGACCAUGUCAGAAGAUUCUAGUAAUUUCAUAGAUAAGCUUAAUGAGCACAUGAUGGAGAGUGUCCUCAUUUCUGACUCUCCUAAUAAUAGUGAGGAUGACGUGGCUGACCUUGGUUGUUUGCAGGAUGCCUCCGAACCUCCAGAGGGCAGCACUGAUCACAGCAUGGAAAAUAUCUUAGCUAAAGGAGCAGCUGACAGUCUGAGUAACCGCAGUGAAAGUGAUGGAGAGGAAACGCCUAAAGACAUCUCCGACAUGACCCCUGACAGAGCAUCGUUGAAGGAAGACCCAGAGCAAGAGGAAGUAAGAGGCGUGCCCGCCUCUGAACACGAAGGUGCGGAGGACUCGGGCCCCAGGGACGAAGACGCUCCCCCGGAGAGGCCGCCAUCAGAGCUGUCUUCCAGGCAGUCUUCUCCCAAAGACGAGCCGGUACCCGUGUGCACCAUCUUCAGCCAGGCCCAGCCCGCACACUCCCAGCCACCCCUGUUUCUGCGGGAUGGCUUCGAGUCUCAGAUGGUGAAAUCUCCUAGUUUCAUUGGCACAAGUGAGGCGGCAGCCAAGACCCCACCUCAGAUGGUCCAGCCAAGCCCCAGCCUGAGUAAAUUUUUUGGAGAUACGACCAACACUAAUUCCUUGGCCUCAGACUUCUUUGAUUCCUUCACAACUUCCACUUUCAUUUCUGUCAGUAAUCCCAAUGCAGGCUCUUCAGUUCCAGAAAAACUGUCUUCCGUGGCUACUCCGGUGGGGCAAAAAUCCCUGGGUUCUGCUGACCCUUCUUACUCCCCAGGGAUUGAAAGAUCAGAAUCCGGUGUUUCGAUGGCUUCUGUAGAAAUUCCUCAGUCUCCAAAACCAUUUUCACAGAUCCAAACUGUGUUUGCGGGGAGUGAGGACCCCUUUGCCACCGCCCUGAGCAUGAGCGAGAUGGACCGAAGAAAUGAUGCCUGGCUUCCCGGGGACGGGACUAGGGAUGUCUUGAUUUCAGUAGCAACACAACAGUACAGCACAGUGUUCAUAGACAAGGAGAACCUCACCAUGCCAGGCCUCAAGUUCGACAACAUCCAGGGAGAUGCAGUUAAAGACUUAAUGCUUCGCUUCCUUGGUGAAAAAGCUGCAGCAAAGAGACAGGUCUUAAAUGCCAACUCAGUGGAACAGUCUUUUGUUGGAUUGAAACAGCUAAUUAGCUGCAAAAACUGGAGGGCAGCAGUGGACCUGUGCGGGCGCCUCCUCACAGCCCACGGCCAGGGCUACGGCAAGAGCGGGCUGCCUACCAGCCACACAGCAGACUCACUGCAGCUUUGGUUUGUGAGGCUGGCCCUGCUGGUGAAGUUGGGCCUUUUCCAGAAUGCCGAAGUGGAGUUUGAGCCCUUUGGAAAUCUAGAUCAGCCCGACCUCUACUAUGAAUACUACCCUCACGUGUACCCUGGGCGGAGAGGCUCCAUGGUGCCCUUCUCAAUGCGGAUCCUACACGCAGAGCUUCAGCAGUACCUGGGGAACCCCCAGGAGUCGCUGGACAGACUGCACAGGGUGAAGGCCGUCUGCAGCAAGAUCCUGACAAAUCUGGAGCAAGGGUUAGCUGAAGACGGGAGCAUGAGCAGCAUCUCACCGGAGAACAGAAGAGCCUCCGUCCAGCUGUGGAGGUCCCGACUGGGCCGGGUGAUGUGCUCCAUGGCCAACUGCCUGCUCCUGAUGAAGGACUACGUGCUGGCCGUGGACGCUUACCGUUCUGUCAUCCAGUACCACCCAGAGCAGGAGCCGCAGCUGCUGAGCGGCAUCGGCCGGAUCUUCCUCCAGAUUGGAGACAUAAAAACAGCUGAACAGUAUUUUCAAGAUGUGGAGAAAGUAACACAGAAAUUGGAUGGACUACAGGGUAAAAUAAUGGUUUUAAUGAACAGAGCUUUCCUUCACCUUGGUCAGAAUAACUUUGCAGAAGCCCACAAAUUCUUCACAGAAAUUUUGAAGAUUGAACCAACAAAUGCAGUGGCCAACAACAAUGCGGCCGUGUGCCUGCUCUACCUGGGCAAACUCAAGGACUCCCUGCGGCAGCUGGAGGCCAUGGUGCAGCAGGACCCCAGGCACUACCUGCACGAGAGCGUGCUCUUCAACCUGACCACCAUGUACGAGCUCGAGUCCUCCCGCAGCGUGCAGAAGAAACAGAGCCUGCUGGAGGCCGUGGCCAGCAAAGAAGGGGACAGCUUUAACACGCAGUGCCUCAAGCUAGCGUAGGUCAUGCGCUCCGGGACCCCGGGGUCUUUGUCGACGGUGUACAUUGGAGCUGAUAGAGUAAUGUGACUGAGGAUUCAAUAAAGCCUCCUUCACCGGUG